CAGGGGGCCUUGUAUUUUCCCGCCCCCUCGUGGCUUACAUACAUGACGCUUUGCACGGUGGCCCAGAUGUCUACCGUGACGCGUGCCAAGGCUCUUUGGCUCCUGCUGCUGCCCUUGGUGGGUGCAGUGCGUGCAGCACGUGAGGGCCGAGUUGAGUUGGGCUCUUUGGAUGUGGAGCAGAUUGAGACUUCCAGCAGCACCAAGCUCACGAGCCUGCAGCACGUGGUGAACUCCGCGGCAGCAGGGGAGAUCUUGGUGUGGCGGAUGCUCACGGGCCAGCCCAAGGAGGACUUGUGGCGCACGGACAUGCAAGGGUACGACGUGCGCAGGACGCUGGAUGCCUAUCACAUCAACUCGCUGGACAAAUUGAAGCAGGCGAUGUUUGCUGCCGGGGACAUCCACUGUUUGAGCAGUUCGACCUUGGACUCUGCACACAGGUGUCACAAGGCUUUCCCCGUGUAUGACUUCGUGCUGACCGCGCUGCUUUUGACGCUUUUUGCUGGAGCAUUUGCCAACGCCCUGGGCUGCACCAAGAAGAACGAGGAGUACUAGUGAGCGACCCGCCGGCCUGUGCCAGACUCAGGCUGUUUUGGGGAAGU